AUGCAGGCCGAUGCGGAAAUCUUGAUUGAUUUUAACACUCAGCUUCAUUCUGAGACUGUUGUUUCUGUUCAAAAUGGGGAUCCUGGUGUUUCAACAUCUCUUGCAAAUGAUGUCGUCAUGCCGCAGCAGCCGGCUCCGAAAAAACCAACAAGGCAGUGGGCUGCUUGGACUCGUCAAGAGGAGGAAAGCUUCUUCACCGCAUUACGACAAGUUGGAAAGAAUUUUGAGAAAAUCACUUCCCGUGUACAAAGUAAAAACAAGGAUCAGGUUAGGCAUUAUUACUAUCGGCUUGUGAGACGGAUGAACAAACUUCUUGGUCCAGAAUUAUGCCUGGAUGCCAAAAAUUCAAAAGAUACCAAUGCGGCAAUGCUUCGCUGGUGGUCUUUAUUGGAAAAGUAUAGCUGCAAAGCCUCAAAGCUUCACCUAAAGCCCCGAAGGUUUAAAAUAUUUUUAGAAGCCUUGGAGCACCAACUUUUGAAGGACCGGAAGAAGAAUGUUAGGAAGCGACCUUUGCAGGGUGGAAGUUGUCAAUCUCCUGCUCUUAACACUAUCUCAAAUCAAUCAAAUACCCGUGCAGUUAAAAUGAUUCUUGUUGAGAGUCAAAAUAUCAUAAAACUUGGACCUUCAAAACCACCAUUGAAGCGCAAUGCGAACAUGGGUGUUAACCGCAGUAAUGCUAAGGGAGAUUCAAAUAACUCAAAACCUACAAGGCAGCGAAAGAAAUCUGCUACGAUCACAGCAGCUGCAUAUAGAAAAUGGGAGAAGGCUGCAAUUGCUGGCGUCUCUUUAGUUGCAGAUGCUGCUGAGCAUUUGGAACGAGCUGCCACUGUUAAAGAGGUUGAACAUGACCAGGAGAAUCCAGGUAGCUUUCACAAUGGAGGGAAAAAAUGUUCUGAUUCUGCCGAUCAUGUCCUUCACUCUUUACCCACAUUUCCACAAAAUCACUGUGUUGAUAACAAUGUACAGAAUAUUGUGAAACUUAAGCUCCAAUUGUUCCCAAUUGAUGAACCCACUCGAAGAGUCUUGGAAAUGGAGAAGCAUAAUCCAUACUUGGAGCUUACACUUAGUACACGGAAGAAGAUAUCAUCAAUUUUAGAACAUCUAAACCGCAAGUGGGGCAAUUCAAGCAUAGCAGUUGGAGAGUUGAUGCUUUUUCCUUAUGUUGUUCAAAAGGAAAACUUGAAUAGUUAUCAAAGAUGGAAUCAGGAAUCUAAUCUUAGUGCCGCAGAUAUAUAUGCAGUGAUAGGAAGUCCACCUAUAUUCCGUUUGAGGUAUGGUUGGUUCUCUAAUGCUGAGCACGGGACAUUAAAUAUGCAAGCACCUGUAGCAUCCAGCUACAUAGUUGGACAAUCCAAAAAUGGUGGUGAUAAUAUGAUGGAUCAGAUUGUGAAUUUGGCAUCGCUUCCUAUGCCAUCAACUAAUAAUUACUAUACGGAGUGCUCUGUAGAUUGUGGAACAUCCAUGAACAAAAACAAUUCUCUUACCUCUACUUCAACUUAUUUGCCUAACAGUAGAGACAAAAGUAUAUACCAGAAUACAAGUACUGAGGAACCUUGUGGACCUACAACCCAUAUAUCAUUGCAUGGAAAAGAUGUGACAGAUGGAGCUGUAUCUAGACAGUUGGAAGACAUGGAGGAGUUGAAAUCAAACAGUGGAUCUGGCCUGUCAGCUGGUGACUGGGCUGACAGCCUCACCAACAUUAGUGUGGGGGACCUACUAUCAGGAGUCUCCCAGGAUCUCAAUGAUAACUGCAUUGAUCCUCUUAUUGCUGAGAAUUGUCGCAGUGUUCAUCAAAUUCCUUUUAGUAGCGAUUCUUUUGAUGCUGCUAUUGCUGCUCACAUAUCUAGACACCAAGACAAGAUGGGACAAUCAACUAUGGUAUCUCAUAUGUCAUCCAUCUGGGAUGCUGAAGAAACAUGUGAUGCUUUCUCAUUUAAAAAAGAUCCUAUUCGUCAUGAAGAUGCUCCUUGUUUUUCUCUCAUUGCUGCUUUAGGUUCUGAUAAAAAGGUUCUUGAAAGAAGCUUUGAGAAUUUGGAUAAGCUUUCACCUGAAAAAGAGAACCUUGUGGAUGAUAUUGCUCAAACAGACCAUAUGCCUAUGGACAGUUGUGAGGCCGGUGCAGAUAUCAAGUACCAUUUAGCAAAGGAUUUUACCGGGCUAGCGGAUAUGUAUUGGCCUGAUUCUUUGGGACCGCUGGAUUUGGAAAUACCAUCUACUAAGUACAACACCGAUGAUCCAAUUUUAAGUGAUAGUCUUAGUGGACUGAAUCGCUUGAUAGCCAGCAGCUUGGAUGCAUUCCAGAAUUGCUCCUUUUUUGGGAUUGACAAGAAGGAAACACCAUCGACAGUUGAGACUCAAGAAACUGCCACUCUCUCAGAUUUUAAAAUUGGAAGUGGUGUUUGA